AACCCAUAAGAGACUACUGUGACCAUAUGGUCACAGUUUCAGUAUUUUAUUUUUUGGGUUGGUAUGCCUGAUUCAUGAAGCUGGUUUUGAUUUUUUCUUAGCCAGCUGACAGAACAAGAGUUAUUCUUCACCUGUAGUGUUAUUGUUUGAUGGUUGGUUUCAGUUGUGAGGAACAGUAAAGUAUUAAAUUUACUUAUGUUACAACAUGGCUGAUUUUCUUGACAACAAUUGGUUGCAACAACUGUCACUGGCCGAGGGAUUUACUGUAGCCGAAGCUGUCGAUGUAAUUGAAAACUUUGUUGAUGACGGGAAUCUCGACACCUCAGACGUUGACAUCUUUAUUGCCCCCCCAGAAAAUGAUAUCCUCACUGAUGAAGACUCUGGUCCAGAAGACGAAGGUGGUACCAUAAAUAAUUUGAACGGUGGACAACUAUCAGCUCCCGCAGAAAUAAGAGUAAGAAGACUUUGUAAUCUUGUUGAAUCAAGUUGCACGGAACUACAAGAUAAAAAAACAUCGAACCUGGAUUGAUGGCGACAUGGAAGCUCAGAAGACUCUUGCUUUUCAAGCAUACAACUACAGUAAGUUCAGUUCUUUAAGCCCAGUUGAACUUUUUGAGCUAUUCAUCAACAACAGUGUUAUUGAAUUGCUAGUUAAAAAUACAAACAAGUACGCUUUAUUCAAAAACUGCCCAGACCCAAAGGUUACGGAGGAAGAAAUGAAAUGCUUUUUAGCAAUUUUGUUACUGUCAGGAUACAAUGAACUGCCUGGUAAGAAAUGCUAUUGGGAUUCUGGACUAGAUAUGAAAAAUGAAAUGGUCUGUCAAGCAAUGAGACGUGAUAGAUUUAUUCAAAUUAUGCGCUUUUUGCACUGUGCAGAUAACUCUGAGACAAUUCCAAAUGACAAAAUGUGGAAAAUGAGGCCACUUAUGAACUUACUCAAAUGUAAAUGUCUUGACAAUUUUGUACCAUCUGAGUUUUUGUGUUUUGAUGAGUCCAUGGUAAAGUACUAUGGCAAACAUGGAUGUAAGCAAUUUUUGAAAGGGAAACCUAUCCGUUUUGGCUACAAGAUUUGGAGCCUAAAUACUGAUACUGGGUACUUGAUCAAUUUUGAGAUUUUUCAAGGGAAGAACACAACAACAAAUGAAACAUAUUCAAAGCUAUUUGGGAAAUCAGCAGCUCCUCUUGUAUCAAUGCUGGAUGAAAUACCUCAAGAUGAGUUACCCUACCAGUUGUUUUUUGACAAUUUGUUUACAAGUCCAGCACUGAUGAAACAUCUGAAAGAUAGAGGUUAUGGUUCUACAGGAACUGUCCGAAUCAACAGAUUGCCAAAAGACUGC